AUGUUCAGUUGUAAGCAGCUUGGUGGUUAUCCGACUCUCCUACAGUGCUGGAUUCAUGAGUAUUUUCCAACACUUGGGAAAAGAGGAGAGAACUGGAUACCAGCUAAUAAUGUGGGUCUCCCUCGAGCGAUGAGAUGGUCAUAUAGGCAAGGUGCCUUGAAGGUGGAUGACUUGCGGCCUAUUCUGGACGAGCUGACACCUGCCGAUGUCAUAUGA